CUUUGGUUCACAUUGCAAACUUCUACCUUGGGAUUACUUUGGUCUCCCAUGAGAUGGACUUUCAAGAAAGAAGUUCAUAUAUGUCUCUGUUUUCAUGCCUCAAACCAUUGACCACUUCUGGUUUUCAGACUUGAAUGGAGUUUGCUUGAAUUUUUCUCACCUCUGAAGACAGUGCAAGAUGUCCAAUACUGACGGACAAAUAAAACGAGGCGUUUUGGUCAUUUUCUUUUCAUUGGUCUUGGAUCUCUUGGCCUUUACUGUCAUUCUUCCACUUUUCCCAUCGUUGUUUGAUCACUAUGAGAAGCAUGACACUGGCACAUUGUAUUCGUCCAUGAAGGCAAGUGUUCAGACCUUCCAACAGGCUCUUGGAGUUCCUGACAAUUUCAACUCUGUGCUCUUUGGAGGGUUGAUAGGGUCCCUAUUUUCCUUCCUCCAAUUUUUAUCAUCACCACUGGUUGGAGGAUUGUCUGACAUCUAUGGCAGGAAGCCUCUCCUUCUCAUCACCAUGGUUGGAAUUCUGGCCUCCUAUGCCCUCUGGGCUGCAGCAGACUCUUUUGCUGUUUUCAUCUUAGCUCGCAUCAUUGGUGGAUUGAGCAAAGGCAACAUCAGCCUCUCUACAGCUAUAGUUUCUGACCUAUCUUCUGAGAAGACCAGGGGUAAAGCUAUGGCCCUAAUUGGUGUGGCCUUCUCAAUUGGAUUCACAUUGGGACCUGUCAUUGGUGCAGCAUUUGUGGUGUGGUCCAAAGGUACUUCCAACUGGUUUAUUUACCCUGCUUGGUUUGCCAUUAUUCUCAUGGUCCUUGACAUCAUCUAUGUUGUGUACUUCUUUGAGGAGUCUCUACCUCUGGAGAAGAGGAGUGGAUCUGUGACUGGUAGCCUUGGACAAGCAGCACACUUCAUCAAUCCCAGCUCUCUCUUUGCUUUCCACCUUGUCAAGGAUCUUAAGGCUGAAGAAUGGAGAAAUUUGAAGCGCAUUGGCAUGAUCUACUUCCUGUACCUCCUCUUCUUCUCUGGCCUUGAAUUCACCCUCACAUUCCUCACUCACAUCCACUUCUCAUUUGACUCCAUGAGACAGGGAAGGAUGUAUGCAUUCAUUGGCAUCACCAUGGCCCUUCUACAAGGUGUCUUUGGGUUAAUGUCCAUGGUUCCUGCUUUCUUCAUCAUUGGGUUAGCCACCACCACUGCAUGGCUGUAUUUUGGCCUCUUCUUCUUUUCUGCUGGCUCUGCAAUAGUUGUUCCUUGUCUGACAACACUUGUUUCUGGAUAUGGAGGUGAAAGACAGAGAGGUCUUGUUUUGGGAACAUUUAGAAGCCUUGGAGCCUUAGCUCGAGCCAUUGGCCCACUGGUUGCUUCUCUGGUUUACUGGAGUGUUGGACCUGCCCUGUGCUAUGUCCUUGGUGCAGUGUUGCUGAUCAUCCCAUUCAAAAUGAUGCAAAAAACCAACAUUCCAAAUCAGUUGUGAUAUACCUGUUGAAUUCACAUGCAUUUCCAAAUGACAUUCUUGUCCUCGAUGUCCUGGUUGUGAAAUUACAUGAUAUUUGCUACUGCUUUGAUGCUUAUGCUGCUCAAGUAUAUGGACCUUCUUCAAGGCCACAGACCCUACGUCUAAAAGACAUGGUCCCACCCUUGACAUUGUCAAACAAUGCUUCUUCCUGUGAUGUUUUGAUAACUUUACACAGUGAAUUCCUGCUAGGAGAAUGUUCUAUCGCUGUUGGUAUUGGUAUUUCUUUAAUUGAAAUUCUCCCUUGUUAUCUCUGGUUGUUGAAGGUGAAGUUAAGUGGCAUGGAUUGCCAUUUUGUUUGAGAAGCAUCUUGAAUUUUGUAUUCAUUGUUUUCUUUGCAGAAAAUAAAAGAGGCA